UGCUAUUCACGGCGGAAGGACUUGGACGGGAGCCUUGACGUGUCGCCUUCUGGGAGACCGGAGGAGUCGCAGAGAUGGACGUGAGCGCGUUGUUCAAGGCCAGCGUGAAGGCGGUGAAUCUGCGGAACAGGGACCUCGGUACACCGGCAGCGGAGAGCCAGCCGCGGAGGACCAGAAGCAAGAGCACCUUCUGCGUGAAGGCGCACGUAGUGAUCGUGCAAAUCUCCAAGCUGCGCGAGUUCCUGCUGGAGAACCGCAAAGCCUACCUGAACUUCUCCAACUAUCUGUCCACAGCGCCGCACAUGACGGAUGUGGAGCGCGACGAGAUCGACCUGGGUGCGCAGCGGAUAAUGAGCACCUGCUCGCAGCUGGUGAAAGACUUGAAGCGAGAGAUCGCUGCGUCGACGGAGAUCACCCAGCAGAACAUCGAGCAUCGCGAAAUUAUGCUCCUGCUGAUAGAGGAUUACUUGAAGAACGUCUGCAAGAUAUACUCCGAGCAGAAAGCGAUGCGCGUGAAGAAGGCCAUGGAGAUGCGAAGGAUCUCCAAGCUGCAGGCAGACCAGCCGUCGGCGACGGUGACGAAAAAAUCGGCCCUGAACGCGGUCGAUCCCGCGGACGAUCAUGAUACCAAGAACGGCUCGAACGAGUCCAGCCCGAUGAAGAUCCAGGAGAUCAACGGCGACGUCAACACGAUGACGUACGAGGAGGAAUUGUCGGCGGAGGACAUCCAGAUGUUCGAAUCGGAGAACGAGCAGCUGUACAACGAGCUGAACACCAUGACGGAGGAGGUGAAGCAGAUCGAGAGCAAGGUGGUGCACAUCGCUGAGCUUCAGGAGAUCUUCACGGAGAAGGUUCUGGACCAAGACAAGGACCUGGACAGGCUGAUGACGACGGUGGUCGGAUCGACGGAGAACGUGAAGGAGGCGAACGAGCAGAUCCGCCAAGCGAUCCAGCGGAACGCCGGCCUCAGGGUGUGGAUCCUCUUUUUCCUUCUGGUGAUAUCAUUCUCGCUGUUAUUCCUCGAUUGGUACAAUCCAUAAGAGUAUCCAUAUAUAUAUUAAUGGAUCUCCGAGUUGCUUUUAAGAUACGAGAGUGAGGCGAUGUACAAUGUACAUUGUAUAUUUAUAAGAGAUGUUUGAUACAAUCCGUAAAAUGUAUUUCUAUUAUUAAAUUAUUGAAUUUUACGGAUCGUAUCAAUUGUUACUUUCGUAAGAAUGAAAGAAGAGACACUAAAAGGUUGGAAGAAUAGAAAGAAAGAGAAAGAGAGAAACGUCUGCCAAAAAAUAUGUUGCUAUAUUUUAUCCCCGGACAUUAUUGUACAUAAUAGCUAUAACUUACUAUAUGUGGGGAAUAAACAAAAUAAUAUGAACACUUAGAAAAUAUACUAUUUAUUUUAUAUUACUUGUUUUAUUAACCCUUGAACACCACACUAUUUUCGCCACCUGAUUUCACCACGCAUGGGUUACGAUAACCUUGGAGUCUUCUUUUGCUGUUAUCCCGGGAUCUAAUGCAUCAAUUUUAACUUUUUUUUUUAAUCG